CGCAGCAGCGCACCGGGCCGGCGGGGAACGGGCAGCCGCGCUUGGGUUCCGCCUGCCGCCGCUGCCCCCGGGCACCGGAGAGCUGCCCCCGGGCACUGCGGAGCUGCCCCGAGCGGACUCACGCUGCUGCCGUGGCGGCGCCUGGCAGGGCCCCUGCCGAGCGGCACAGAGCCCCUGUCCCCUCCGCACCCCCGGCGCUGCCCGGGCUGGCUCCGGGCUGGCUCUUUGGCUCGCCCCGGGGUUGCGCAAAGCUUCCCCGCAGCGGCUCGGGGCCAGCCUGGCCUGCAGGCCCUGCCCGCCCCCGUCCCGUCCCGGCCUGCCCCCCCCGGCGCUGUUUGUGUGACCCCUGCGCCCUUCCCUCCCGCUCCGCGCGGUGCGCCCGGGGCCGAGCGCCGCUGGGAUCGCUGGAGCGGGCCCGGGGCAGAGGCGCCUGCGAGCCCCCCCCCGGCAGCAUGGCGCUGGGCUCGGCCCUCCGGCUCUUGGUGAUGCUCCCCUUGGGCUUCUGCUGGCCGCCGGCUCCCCGAGAGGCAUUUCUGGGGGCUUUGGAUGCAGAAGAUGUGGUCUCUUAUUUUGGAACCAGCUCAGUGCCUGAUGUCCCUCAGUUCGUUGUUGCUGAGCCAAGUUGCCCUUGUAAAGAAGAAGGGCCUGAGCUGGCAUCUUGUCGUGUCCAGCACUGCUCCAUCGAGGCCUGGGGAGAGCUCUAUGCCUUUGAGUUUUCAGAGGACCAUGCCCUCCUCUCCCCUUCCUUCGUGAGCCACCAAGUGGUGAACUCUUCCUGUCACCUGCUGAAGCGAUUCUCAGGCAACUGCUUUGCAGGAGGAAAUCCUCUGCAGCCUCCUGGGGCUGCCUCUAGAGUCACUUACUGUGAAGGGCAGCUGCAAGGAGUUGUCAGUGCAGGUGAGGAAAAGAUUCAUAUCAAGCCUGUCAGAAGCAAAGAUGUGGCCCUGCUGAAGGAUCUUGGCUUCUCCAGACCCCACAUUCUCUUCAGAAGUGCUACAAGAGGAGAAAACAGAGCAAAAGCAGGGUGGCUUCCUCCUCGCCUGCAGAAGAGGGCUGAGGGAACUGUCAAACACCUGGAGCUGAUGGUUGUAGCAGGUCCAGAUGUUUACUCAUACCACAGAGAGGACACAGAGCGCUACAUUCUCACCAACCUGAACAUUGGCGCAGAGCUGCUGAGAGAUGCCUCCUUGGGUGCCCAUUUCAGAGUUCAUCUUAUGCAGAUGCUGAUCUUGAGAGAACCAGAGGCAGAGGUAAACAUCACAACAAACAUCACCUCCUCACUGAUCAGUGUCUGUGAGUGGAGCAAGAAGGUCAACCCCCAGAACGACUCUGACCCUCAGCAUGCUGACAUUGUCCUCUAUAUCACCAGGUUUGACUUGGAGUUACCUGAUGGGAACAAAGAGCUUCGUGGAGUGACUCAGUUAGGUGGAGUCUGCUCCUCCUUUUGGAGCUGUGUUAUUACCCAGGACACUGGCUUUGACCUUGGAGUCACCAUAGCCCAUGAGAUUGGGCACAGCCUUGGAAUCCCCCACGACGGUGAGGGGAAUGUGUGCAGCAGCAGUGGCUACAUCAUGGGGUCAGCAGGGAGCCACAACAGCAUCGACCUCUCCUGGUCGCAGUGCAGCCGAGAAGAGUUCCUGACCUUUGCCAGCACAGGCCAAACAAACUGCUUGAAUGACCUCCCGGCGACGGAGGGCAGCAUCCCUGGGUGGAAGCCUGGCUUGUACUAUGGAGCAGAUGAGCAGUGUAAAAUAGCCUUUGGGAGCCUUGCCACAGCAUGCACCUUUGCAGACAGCAAUGUUGACAUCUGCAAAGUGCUCUCCUGCCAUGUGCAGCCUGCAGACAAAUCCAGCUGCACUCGGCUCCUUGUUCCCCUCUUGGAUGGGACUGAGUGUGGAGUCAACAAGUGGUGCUCCAAGGGACAGUGCAGCUCUCUGGAGGAGCUGAACCCCAUGGCUGUUGUGCACGGGCAGUGGUCAGCCUGGAGCCCCUUCUCCUCCUGCUCCCGCAGCUGUGGAGGUGGAGUUGUCAGCAGGCAGCGGUUCUGUAACAACCCCAGGCCUGCUUUUGGGGGGCAGGAAUGCCCUGGUGCCAGCAUCCAAGCAGAGAUGUGCAAUCUUCAGGCCUGUUCAAGGACCCAGCAGGACUUUAUGGCUGAGCAAUGUGCAGCAACAAAUGUGAAGCCACUGUAUGUCUCUGGAGAGGCACCAGCCUUCUAUGCUUGGACUUCUGCUGUUGGCUUUGCCAAAGGGGACAUGCAGUGCAAGCACAUGUGCAGGGCCCUUGGCAAGGAGUUCAUGGUAAGCCGUGAAGCCAGCUUCAUAGAUGGAACCAGAUGUGAGCAGGAUGAGGCUGAGCACCAGGAGCCUUUCAAUCUGUGUGUGAUGGGAAGCUGCAGAGCCUUCGGCUGCGAUGGGCAGAUGGACUCCCAGAAGAGACUGGACUCUUGCCAGGUCUGUGGGGGUGAUAACAGCUCCUGCACCAAAGUGAGUGGGUCUUACACAGAAGGAAAAGCUAAAGAGUAUGUUACAUUCCUGUCCCUGCCUCACAACACCACCUCAGUCCAUGUCACCAACUGGAGACCUCUCUUCACACAUUUGGCUGUGAAGGUUAGAGGAGAGUACAUAGUUGCUGGGAAAGGAAAAAUCUCCCUGAAUGUCACCUACCCAUCAGCUCUGGAGGACAGCCAGAUCAGGUACAGAGUGUUUCUCACCAAGGACAACCUGCCAAGCCUGGAGGAGGUCCAUGUAGAUGGGCCCACACAGGAAGAAAUUGAAAUACAGGUCUACCGAAGGUACGCAAGAGAGUUUGGCAAUGUCACCAACCCAGACAUCACCUUCAGCUACUUUGUCCCCAAGGAGAAUCUGACAUAUUCAUGGAUCCCUCAGCAGGGGCCAUGCUCAGUGACCUGUGGGGAAGGGACACAAGCAGUGCAUCAUGUGUGCUUUGACCAGGCAAAGAACGAAACAGCAGAGGAUCAGUGGUGCCUGCAGCUCCCACAGCCCCUUGCAGAGCACAAGCCCUGUGCCAUGCAGCCAUGCCUGUACAGGUGGAAGAUCUCUCGGGCAGAGGAGUGCUCUGCUCUCUGUGGAGCUGGAGUUGCCCAGCAGAACCUCACCUGUGUUCAGUCCCGUGGUGGCCUGGAGGCUGCUGUGGAUGACAGCUUGUGCCCAGCAGAAGAAAAACCUCUCUCCACUGUGCCAUGUGUGGUCAGUGUCUGCCCUCUAGGCUGGGACAAAGAGGAAGAUGCACACCUACCUCAGACUCCUGAGACACCUGGGCAGAUCCAGCUGGAAAAUCGGACCCUGUUUGUCUGGAGCCCUCUGGCUGGAGAGUGUUCUGUGUCCUGUGGCAGAGGUCAGACUCAGCUCCAAUAUGUGUGUGUGGCUUUUGACACCAAGGAACAAACCCAAGAAGACAACUGCCACCCAGUGCCAAAGCCAGAGGGCAGCGUGGCAGUCUGUGAUCUCAGGCCCUGCCCACCAAGGUGGAAGGUGACCCCCGCUGGCCCCUGCUCCUCCAGCUGCGGGCUUGGCUUGGCUGUGCAGCUGGUGAGCUGCGUGCAGGUGCUCCAAGGCAAGGAGGUUCUGCUGGAGGAGCGUCUGUGCCCUGCGGCAGAGAAGCCUCUGACCAGCGUGCCCUGUGUCAUCCGAACCUGCUCCUACGAGUGGAGCUUCAGUGAGUGGACAGAGUGCUCAGCCUCCUGUGGCAACGGCAUCCAGAGCCGGCAGGAUUUCUGCCUGAACCCCCUGACCCGCCAGAGGGUGAACCCCAUCUUCUGCAGGCACUUCCCCAAGGCCAUUGUGGUCAGGGGCUGCUCUGCAGGGCCCUGUCCUGAGCAAGUGCUGGGGACCAGGCCCCAUGGAGCAGGACUGCAGAGCCUGACACCAGCUGUGACAACUGCAGCUGCCGAGGAGGGCAGCUACAGGGCCCUGGAUCUUCCCCCAUCAGCUGUGCCGCAGCAGCAGGCAAAGAGCAGUGGAGGUGUCUGUGGAAAGCUCUUUCUUAAUGCCACUGGAGUCAUCAACAUGACAGGGGUGGGGAGCAGCGACUGUACCGUGGCCAUCGGCCGUCCUCUGGGGGAGGAGAUCACAGUCAGUGUCCUGGAGAGCUCCCUCAACUGCAGUGCAGGUGAGGUGCUGCUCUUCUCUGGGCGCAUGAUGUGGAGGACAGGCUGCAGGAAGCUGCAUUUGGCCCUGAUCAACUCCAGGACAAACAGCCUGGUGGUGAAGCAGAGAGUUCUGCUGCCAGGCCAUGGGGUUGUUCUUCAGUACAGCAGCAGAACUGCCACCAAAAAAUAUCACCAAGACUGUGACAAGCAGCUGUUUGGUCCCCAAGGUGAAAUAGUGAACCCUGUGCAGUUGCCUGAUCAAAGGCAAGGAGGAGUCUGCAGGACCUUCAUCGAUGUGGCUCCUCAGCACCGCAUUGUUCUCCGUGCCCUCUACACUGACCUGGGCAGUGAGAGCAACCAAACCCAUUUCAAUUACAUCCUGGUCCGAGACGUCGGCACCAUGAGGACUGUGGUGUUCCGUGGCGGGCAGCAGUUCUUCUGGCAGUCCACAGGGAGCCAGGCUGAGAUUGAGUUCCAUGACAGUGUGGGGGCUCACCAGAGCAGCUUCUGGGCUGAAUACCAGGCUGUGGAGCCCAAGUGAAAGGGGGGAGCAGGCUCACUGCACUGAGAGAGGCCACAGCUCAGUCCCUUGCUGCUGUCUGCUCACUGCUCCAGGUCAUGUGAGGCAUUUUCACCUUCUGCAGCCCUCACAGAAUUCUUUCAUCUGGCCAAGCCCUCUGAGACCCACCAGCCACUGACCCAACCCCAGCAUGGCCACUAAGCCAUGGCCCCAGGUACUAUGUCUGCACUUACUUUGCACACCUCCAGGGAUGGGGAUUCCAGCACCAGCCUGAGCAGCCUGUGCCAAUCCCUGACCACUCUUGCAGUGAAGAAAUUUUUCCUCAUCUCCAACCUAACCCUCCCCUGGCCCAGUUCCAGGCCAUUUCCUCUCCUCCUGUCACCUGAUACUAGGGAGAAGAGACCAACCCUCAUUUGUUAAAGACUGGUUUGGGUUGAAGGGACCUUUCCAAGCCAUCUAGGCCAACCCCCCUGCAGUCAGCAGGGACAUCUGCAACUCAUCUACUGAGUGACUCCUCUGGGACUUCCCUUCCUAUCUAUGAAGGUUGUGCAGAAGACAUCUAACUCCCAAAGAUGUAGCAAGUAGUCCUCCUGUGGCUUCUCUCUCUGUGCUGCUUGCCAUGAGUGCACUUUGUGUGUCUGCAGUUAGUGACUUAGUCACUGAGGUCUCAGUGCCCUGCUCCUGUAACACACUCUGCCCUUUUGGCCUUGUCAUUUAGUUUCUCAGUGGCUCAGUGUCCCAUUCCAACCCUCUCUGUACCACAGCUUUAUGGUUUUACCCUUAAAUUGACUCUCUUGCAGUCUCGAUGCUCCUUAAAACAGAGCCCCACUGAAGUUGUGGGUGGUUAGAAAGAAGGCAGAGCCUUGUCUGAGGAUGAGCUGCUAGCAGAUGACCUGAGAGCUGUGACAGCAGGGCAGUUUCUUGGCCCAAGGAGGGUGGUGCAACACUAGGAGAGGUCCACCCAGAGAGCUGAUGGAAUCACCAUCCUUGGGUGUUUGCAGAUCUGGUCAAGCCUUGGUGGCAGUGUGAGAGGACUAAAUGACACUCACAGGUCCCUCCCUAGCCACUGCUCCUUUGGUUGUCUGUCUGAUGGCUCCAGUGCUGCUUCCUCUGGACAAAUAAAAGAGUUCUGUCUCUUAA